CCUGCCUGCCUUACACCGCCCUCUGCAGCCUGGUUCAACCGCAGGCCUUGGCGCUAAUUUCCUCAACUGUUUACACACCUUCCUUGACAACCAUUGAACUCUUUCCACUCCACCUCUUCAACUCACCACAAACACCACAGACACCGCAGACGCCACUAAACGCUCGCCACUAGAUAGCUGCAUCAUCGCCAAACCUUGUGCUAAACAGAAACCUUCAGGAUCCUUGAUGGGCAGCAUGCUUCUUUCAAUCCUCAUCGCCGUUCUGGGUGCUGCCGCUAUCGCCAGCGCGCAGUCUGCUACGCCAUCUGCUGCCAACGCUCCUGAGGUCACCGGAAAUCCCAUUGGAGCCUCCUACCUUGCGGUUCUUCCAGAGAAGGCGGGCAGCACCGUUCGCGGCUCAAUCUCGGCUUCGUCGUCUCCUGAUGGCAAAGGUGUUCUGUUCCAGGUUGCCCUUUCUGGUCUUCCCACUGAGGGCGGUCCGUUCAUGUACCACAUCCAUGAGAAGCCGGUUCCUGCGGAUGGCAACUGCACUGGUACUGGUGCCCACCUUGACCCGUACAAGCGGGGAGAGACGCCACCAUGCGACCCAGCUCUGAAGCAACAGUGCCAGACUGGAGACCUCAGUGGCAAGUACGGCAAAUUCAAUGGUACUGCUUACUCUAACGCCUACACCGACCUCUACUCGUCCACCAUCCCGACCAACCCAGCUUUCUUCGGCAAUCUGUCAGUCGUUGUUCAUCUUGCAAACAAGACACGCAUUUCCUGCGCCAACUUCACGACGAUCGCGAUAGGUUCCGAGAAUCCAAUUCCACCGGUCAGCCCAUCAUCUGGCUACGCUCUCCCAACAACUGUCGUCCAGAACGCCACUCUUGGUGUCUCGGCCACAGCUACCGGAACUGGUGGUCCAAACAGCGGUGCUGAUGAAAGUGGCCAUGCGAGCGCGACUGCUACCCCACCCAGCCCAAGUGCACCAGCACAGUCCAACAGCGGGGCAAAGCUGUUGGCCGGAGCUAGUGCUUUGGUUGGUGGUACAGUAGUAAUGCUGCUUGUCUAAGAGAACAAAUCUCAACUUUUCUAUUCUGGCCUUGCGGUAGCAUAUCGGCGUUUGGCAAAGGUCUUUACGAGAAUGGAACAUGCUCAUGUCUGAUCUGGAAUGUCUCUGGGGUAUUUUCCCCAGCUAGCUAAUGCGAUGGAUGGGUACAUAAUUGACAAGGAAUUCAAUCCACAAUGUG